CAGUAGACCUAGCUACAGCUUUGUUACGUUAGUUGUAAGAAUGGGUAUUCUACAUAGCUGUAUGAGAAAGCGGAGUAACAAAGUUGGUAUUAUGUCCGACGAAGAAGAAGAAGCAUACAAAAAAAAUAGAAAAAGAGCUCAAAAACGAAGUACUGGAAGAUUCUAUUCAGAACAAGCCUCUCCCAUGGCUAAUGUUCAGCGCUUCAUCUGUAGAAGUAGAGAGGAUGCACUCUAACCCCGCUGAAGGAAACGAGAUCUCUGAUGUUGUAAAGAAGAAAGAUGGAAUGGCUUUCAACCUUGAAUUUAAGGCUGCUCUUCCAGCCAAACUUCCUCCUAUCAAGGUUACCGGUACAUCCUCUAGAAUAGUGCAAGAAGAUUAUAAGUGGAAAGAAACAAAGGACAAGGAAUUAAUGGAGAAACUAGAGAAAGCAAAGAUUAGAAGGGAAGCAGUGCUCGAGAAGAGAAAAAUUGCAGCAAAAAGACCAAAGACAGCACAGCACAGAGAUUCAAACGAAUCUGAUUCAUUUGAGGAAUAAACGGAAACAAAGUUUCGCCAACUGUGCAUGUUAAAGAACAGCAUAUUUCAUUAUCACCAAUGCCUCUGUAAUAUGUUCUAUUUUAUCUACGAUUGACAUUUUU